AUGUGUGAGCUUGAGUGGGGUGGUCGCAAUCAAGCUGGAGCUGGGGCAACAAUCGGAGAGGAAGUGGAGCAGGUCAAUAGCUUCUUAUCACGUGCAGCUCUUUGUACCAAGUACAUGAGCAAAGCAGCCCGCACUGAUAUGCUCACUGUCCAUGCCAUUGGCUGGAACAAGAGGAAGGCAGAAAAUCUUCAUAAGUCUCUUGCAAAAAGAUACCAAAAAACAUCACUCAGGAAAAAGGAAACUUCUGUGGAUCUCAGCAAGCUGGCUCAUGAAUGUGGUCUAACUGAAGAAACUAUAGCCCAAUGGGUAUCUGACGUCCAGCAGUGGAGUACAGAGGCAAGUUCAUGCCCCAACAAGCUUCAAUCCACCAUUGAGGCACUGUAUCUCAGCAUCAAGCAGAGAAAAUAUUAUUUAUAUCGCCAGAGCACUGGAAACAAAGGCCGUCAGAAACAGAGGAGAAAGAUUGCCCAGGAGAAGGUUCAGCUGGAGGAGGCCAUUGGAGAGUAUAAUGGGAAAACUCCUCUUCCCUCUGCAAAUGAAGUUCUGGCUGAGGACCACUACUCUUGGCCCUGGGGAUGCUCUGGAUUAAGUGUCGAAAAGAAGAAGUUCGUGGCUCAGCCUAACUGUCAGCAGCUCCUGGCCUCUCGUUGGUACGAUGAGUUCCCGGGCUGGAGGCGGCGCCCCUGGGCUGGGAAGUUCAUCACGUGUGUGUUUAUCGGGCUGCUGUUCCCGCUCUUCGCCCUCUGUUACCUCAUCGCCCCCAAAAGCCGCUACGGACUCUUCAUCCGCAAACCCUUCAUCAAGUUCAUCUGCCACACCUCCUCCUACCUCACCUUCCUCUUCCUGCUGCUGUUGGCCUCGCAGCACAUCGUCACCACGGAGCAGGACCGGCAAGACCGACAGGGACCGCCUCCUACCACCGUGGAGUGGAUGAUCCUGCCCUGGGUCCUGGGUUUUAUCUGGGCUGAGAUCAAGCAGAUGUGGGAUGGCGGGUUCCAGGACUACAUCCACGACUGGUGGAACCUCAUGGACUUCGUCAUGAACUCUCUGUAUUUAGCCACAAUCUCUCUGAAGAUUGUUGCCUACACCAAAUACAGCGGCAGCAAACCCCGAAACCAGUGGGAGAUGUGGCACCCGACGCUGGUGGCGGAGGCCGUGUUCGCCAUCGCUAACAUCUUCAGCUCGCUCCGCCUCAUCUCGCUCUUCACGGCCAACUCCCACCUGGGGCCUCUGCAGAUCUCGCUGGGCCGGAUGCUGCUGGACAUCCUCAAGUUCCUCUUCAUCUACUGCCUGGUCUUACUGGCCUUUGCCAACGGCCUGAACCAGCUCUACUUCUACUACGAGACGAAGGCUGAGGAUGAAAAGGGGAAAUGCAAAGGAAUCCGCUGUGUGCAACAGAACAACGCCUUCUCCACAUUGUUUGAGACCCUUCAGUCCCUCUUCUGGUCGAUUUUCGGGCUCAUAAACCUGUACGUGACGAAUGUGAAGCCAGAUCACCAGUUCACAGAGUUUGUCGGGGCCACGAUGUUUGGGACGUACAACGUGAUCUCGCUGGUGGUGCUUCUGAACAUGCUGAUUGCAAUGAUGAACAACUCCUACCAGCACAUCGCCGAUCACGCUGACAUCGAGUGGAAGUUUGCCCGGACAAAGUUAUGGAUGAGUUACUUUGAGGAAGGAGCCACUCUUCCCCCUCCGUUCAACAUUGUCCCGAGCCCCAAGUCCUUCUGGUACCUGCUGUGCUGGACCAAGAGGCAGAUCUGCAAGAGGGCCAGGUCCCGGCGGCCCGAGACCCUGGGCUCCCUGGGGAGACGAGCUGCAGAGAACGUGCGCUUAAACAACCAAUACCAGGAAAUUCUGAGGAAUCUGGUGAAGCGAUACGUGGCUGCGAUGAUCAGAGACGCCAAGACAGAAGAAGGCCUGACGGAGGAGAACUUCAAGGAGCUGAAGCAGGACAUCUCCAGUUUCCGAUAUGAAGUGAUGGGGAUGAUGAAAACCAGUAAACCUGCUCUGCCUGUGGCCAAACCCAGCUGCAGCUCCAUGGACUCCAGUCUGGCUUAUCCCAACUCGUCCCUCAAGGUCUCCAAGUGCCCCACCUCCCAACCCAAACCCAAGGUCAACCGCUUCAAAAUGGCCGCCUCCAUCCUCAAGCAGUGUUGCUCCGCCUCGCCCAGACCUCCGGAAGCCUUCAACGGCCUCCCCAACGGACUGCUGCCUCUCGGUUCUGCAGAAGACGUGGGGAAAAGUGACUCGAACCUGUUUCAAAAGCAUCACGGCAGCAGCGGCGGCGGCAAAGACACUUCGAGUUCAGGAGCAGAGACUCCCAGGAGUAUGUACUCUUUGUGCGUGGCGGACGGAGAGUCGGACGGAGACGAGGCUAUCUCAAAGUUUUCGGGUGACAUCAGCGUGAUCAGGCCUCUACUGGAGCACAGACACAAGGAAGAUACGAAUGAACUUAUGACGGAGAGGGAAGAGCAUGUGGACUACAGCAGAGGCGAAGAGCCAGAGGACAACAUGGAGACGACCAUAAUGUAA